UCACAAGCACACUGAAAUUGAACAUAUCCCAUAGUAAGUACCGCUUCUGUCGAAAAAUAACUAUAGCUGUUGUUGCGGACUACCGUGUAUCCAACCUCCGAGCUUUCCGAGACAGAUGUUCAACCCAUCUGGGGGCCAUAACGGCACCCUCCAGUCUCUAAGCCAAUCUCUAAGCCAAUCUCCUUUGCUGGGCGCUCUUCGGCAUGAACCCCGACUUCACUCGCCUUGGAAACGGUCGGCAUGCGAUCGAUGUCGCUCGCACAAGCUGAAGUGUCAACGCAAGAACAAUGACAGAACGCAAUCAUGCAUUAGGUGUACCCGCGCCAGAGAAGUAUGCUUCACAAGCUCUGCGAAGUCACCUGCGUAUCCUGCACAAGUCCAGACCCAUGCCAUAUUAGUAUCACCUGUUAGUACUAUAGCAGACAUAGCGGAUAAUGGUUGGUUUCGCAGAGACAGUCAGAGCACUGUCCCAUUAACGCGAUCCAAACCCAACAAUGUAAUGGACCAGGACUCGGCGUUUCUCCUGCGAUGGCCCUUCGCUGCUCAUCAAGAGAUCUAUAAUACUCCACCUGAUCUUGAUUUCGAUGUCGAAAUACCCUCCCCGAUCGACGAACAUCAAUGGAUAAAUUCCCCCGACCCGCCCAUUCAAGGCCCCAUUGCAGGAAACGAACCAUUUUCACCGCGUAUAGACCAUUCUACCCCUCGUUAUAGGCCAUGGGCUCCUAAACUUCUCGGCUUGAACAAUGAGAGGGUAUCGGGAGAUGAUACUCCAAUCUUAUAUACCACGCCGAGCUGUGCAAUUGACAUCAACAUAUCAGCCCCUGGGCCGAAUGAUGGGCCGAAUCCGGGAAUCCUACUAGCUGAGCUACAGCGAGACCUAUCUAAGCAACUUGUCGCGCACGAGAACACGUCUUGGGAUCUAAUGGCAAUGAACAUUACCUUCUCGGAGACAAUGGCUGGUAGCAGUGAGGGAAGCUUGGGCCAUGACAGAAGCUUCAAUCCGGUGGCCUCAGUCCUUGCGAGCAUAUCCCAAUUCGUCACUAUUUUGCAUCAUCUCAGGAACUCGCUUCCUAAUGCGAUACCUACUGUGAGACAAGAGUCCCAUCAACAGUAUCAUGACAACAACUGGAUCCCUCUCAGUUGGCCCACGCCAACCCCAUCUCAGUCACCAUAUCGCGACGCUUUCGCGUCGACGUGUGUCUCGCCGUCGUCUAGCACCCCAGCGAUAAAACACAGAGCACAAAGCCGUGUUCAUUUGUUGGCCACGAUAAAUUGCUACCUCCUAGUGCUCACUGUUCUCGAUAGCAUAUUUUCUCGUCUCCUAUCAAAUUCGCGAGACUCUAUCACUAACACACAAGGACCUAACGGCCUCUACGUCCCAUCGUCCCCGUCACCCGUCCCAAUUCAGAUUUCCCGAACACAGAACGCAGAAAUGCCCGACCUUGUCUUCGCGGGCCACUCCGCCCCUCUCAGCGCCCGACUUCGCACUCAAUUACUUGCCCAAGCGGUUGAGUAUCAGCUUGAGAUUCUCGAGAAUGAGCUUGGGCUUCCACAGUCAUAUUGUGUCUCCUCAGUUCGCGCUGAAAGCCAAGGGGACAGGUCAUUAGGGGAUGGGAUACUGAGCAAGCGGGAAUCGCUACUGUUGCUGCAGGCGCUCAUGGACUUCGCGCCUGAUGCAGAUGACUCAGGCUCGUUCCAUCACAGAGAGGAAAUAAAUAGGUCUCCGAUAACUGUGUCACUCAGCGACAAGUUGAAACGAGCAAAGCGGGCACCGGCGAAUAAUUGCGAUUUAUAAUCUAGUGGAUUUUCUAGACUGAUAUGUUUCACUGUCAUCCUGUGUACAUUGAUAUUCUUCAUUGUUACACAGCAACCCAUUUAC